GCAAAGUCAGAAAAGCAGGGUGACGAGAUGCAAGGGAAAUAGAAAGAUUGUGAACAGCAGAACUCCUAUUCAGACAAAGAAAUUGAACAUCGAAAGCACCACUUUUAUUGUCUCUUUUCUUAGGCCUGAUUCCACAACAUCCAAUCAUUCUUCAAAAUGCCUUCUGAACUAGAAGAGCUCGUCGAGUUUCUCCAUCAUGGCAAUACCCAGAUAAGACAGAUUGCGUGCGACAAUCUUGUUGGUUUCUCGACUGUCCAGCCAGAGCUCUUCAAGCGCCAGCAACUUUUGCCGGUGCGAGACCUCAAGCUUUUGGUCCGUGAUUAUGCACCAAUUGCCAAAAAUGCCUUGACAAUACUCAUCAACCUUUCUGCGGACGAAGAAGUGCUGGCAAACCUUGCCGAGGAUGAUGCUUUUCUCGAGACGCUUCUUAUGAAGAUCACUAAUAUCAAGGAGCCGAAUGCGGAUGACGUUGCCAUGCUUUUCGCCAAUCUAGCAAAAUCCAGUAGACUGGAGAGGCUUCUCACUCUCAAGCGGAAAGCACCAGACGCGGUCUCAAGAUCAGCCAAUGCCAUGGACCAACUGAUGGAUUGUUUUGUGAAGGGAGCUGAGAAUGCUCUCAACAAACAUGCAACUUUUGAUUACCUAUCCUACCUCUUCGCCGACCUCUCCAAAUCUGAGGACGGGCGAGCCUAUUUCACUUCACGGCAGGAGUAUGACGGCGUCGUGCCCGUGACAAAAUUGACGGUGUUCACGGAGCACAAGAGUACCAUUCGGAGAAAAGGGGUAGCAUCAACAAUAAAAAAUGUUGCAUUCGACGUCCCCUUCCAUUCUACACUCCUGUCCGAGGAUGAGGCUAAUAUCCUCCCCUACAUAUUGCUACCGAUUACUGGUCCAGAGGAAUAUGCCGAGGAGGAAGCAUUGGAAAUGCUGCCUGAUCUCCAGCUGCUACCGCCGGACAAACAGAGAGAUACCGAUUCCAGCAUCAUUGUAACACACAUUGAAACACUUCUGCUGUUGACCACAACACGAGCGGGGCGCGACAGGAUGAGGGCUGUCCAAGUAUAUCCAAUCAUUCGGGAAUGUCACCUCCACGUUGAUGAUGAAAGUGUGCGUGAUGCAUGUGAUCGCCUAGUCCAGGUUUUGAUGCGUGAUGAAGAGGGCGAGGAUAAAACAAGCCAGCUACUGGGUGAUAACACACCCGGUGAUGUGGAUGUGAGUGUUUCGGGUAAUGAUCGAGAUGUUGUGGAGAUCUUUUGAUAUCAUUCCUGUAUCUGAAAACCAAGAAAGGAUUCAAGAAAAAAUCGUCAAGUUUGAUACUAUAGUAUA